AUGGCGACGCCCGUGCCCCCGCCCGCCCCGCGCCACCUGCGCCUGCUGCGCCUGCUGCUCUCCGGCCUCGUCCUCGGCGCGGCCCUGCGCGGAGCCGCCGCCCGCCGCCCGGAUGUCGCCGGCUGUCCUGGGAGCCUGGACUGUGCCCUGAAGAGGCGGGCGCGGUGCCCACCAGGUGCCCAUGCGUGUGGGCCCUGCCUGCGGCCCUUCCAGGAGGACCUGCUGGGGCAAUGUGUGCCCAGGACAUCCGCGCCUCCCGGGGACAGCGCACCCCAGCCCAGACUGGAGGAUGAGAUUGACUUCCUGGCCCAGGAGCUGGCCCGCCAGGAGACGGGGCGCCAGAGGCUCGAGACUCCCCCCCAGCCCCAGGGGGUGCCGGGUGAGACCCCUGCCACGCCCCGCCCCGCCCCCACCGCACCCCCCGGCCCAGCUCUCACCUGCUUUCCUUCCACAGCCACCAUGCUGGGGCUCUCAGAGCGGGGCCAGGGCCUGGAUUGGGGCCCGCCCCCUACUCGGGGCACCCCCACACCCCAACCUUCCCCGAGCUCCCCAGUGUCGUCGGGGCCGGUGCACAUGUCUCCCCUGCGGCCCCGCGGCGGGCACGGUGCGGGCGUCAUGCUUGUGCUGAUCGCGGCCUGCUCCGUGGCCGGCCUGGCCGCCCUGACCGUGGCUGCCCUCUGCUGGUGCAGGCUGCAGCGCGAGAUCCGCCUGGCCCGCAAGGCCGACUACGCAGCACCACAGGCGCCCAGCUUGCCCGCCACGCCCAGGACUCUGCCUGGAGACCAGCGGCUGGCGCACAGCGCGGAGAUGUUCCACUACCAGCACCAGAGGCAGCAGAUGCUGUGCCUGGAGCGACACAAAGAGCUGCCCAGGGAGCUGGACUCGGCCUCCUCCGAGGAGGACGAAGACGGCGGCUUCACGGUGUACGAGUGCCCGGGCCUGGCCCCGACGGGCGAGAUGGAGGUGCGCAACCCGCUGUUCGACCAGGCCUCGCUGGCAGCGCCCCCGCCCGGCCACCCGCCACCCCUGCCCCCGCCCCCACCGCAGUGA